AUGCUGUUCACUUAUUUUCUUACAUUUAGAGCCUACGAAUUCCUUGGCAGCAACCCGAUUAUCUCCAGCAUCCUUAAACAAAAAGUAUUCUUUAGUCUCCGCUUCACAUUCGUUCUGGCAUUUUUAUUGCUGGCAAUAUUUUUUAUCUAUCUAUCUAUCUAUCUAUCUAUCUAUCUAUCUAUCUAUCUAUCUCACACCUCUUAUUCCUUUGCUUUCGUUUUCGCUUUUCUCCCUAUCUAUUCCUCGUUUCUUCUUCUUCUUCUUCUUCUUCUUCUUCUUCUUCUUCUUUCCUCCGCCUUUUCCUCCUCUUCAUCCUUAUUUUCGCAGACGCUAUUCUUAUUGCUGGUAAUAUUUUUUUUUAUCUAUCUAUCUAUCUAUCUAUCUAUCUAUCUAUCUAUCUAUCUAUCUAUCUAUCUUUUGGUUGGAUUCUUAUUGCUGGUAAUAUUUUUUUUUAUCUAUCUAUCUAUCUAUCUAUCUAUCUAUCUAUCUAUCUAUCUAUCUAUCUAUCUAUCUUUUGGUUGGAUUCUUAUUGCUGGUAAUAUUUUUUUUUAUCUAUCUAUCUAUCUAUCUAUCUAUCUAUCUAUCUAUCUAUCUAUCUAUCUAUCUUUUGUCUGGCUCAAUCUACCUCUCUCUCUCUCUCUCUCUCUCUCUCUCUGUGUGUGUGUGUAA